AUGACCAACAUUCAUCAACGAGAACACCCACUCCUUGCACCCCAGCUUACGCUUGCGCUCGUGGCGAUCCUCGUUCAUCGCGUCAAUGACCGGCGGUGGGUCCUCCGUCGCCUGUUGCAAGUAUGCGUCAGCAGACAAUUACUGCACUUACGACGUGCGCCAGGAGUCCCUACGCACACUAAUCAGUUCAACACAACGCUGGAAAGACCAACAGCGAUUGAGCACUACCGCUUCACGAUUGACCAGCUCACACUUCUCACUGCAAUGUUUUCACUUCCCGAUCCCGUCAUCACGCCUGCAGGAGAUAACGUUCGAGGGCUGGAAUCCCUAGCCAUGUUGUGUCGUCGCAUUGGGGAACCGAACAAGCUACACACGAUUGCCAACGAGUUCGGGCGUUCACAAGCCGCUCUCAACAGUUUCAGUGUGAUUCGUGGACCAUCUCCCGUAUUUGGAGCCGUGACCGUGCAUUCUCACGCAAUGGCAGGGGUGUUUCCGAUAUCGCGUCGAAAAUUCGAGGAAACUCUGGUCGCAAAAGAACGCGUUCUGCGGACGAGAUUGAAGCCGCAAUCCGUCAAGUCCCCCAAGAAUCGCGGCAAACGAUUCGGACAAUGGCGUUGA